AAGUGAGAAUAAUAAGUGAGGUCCAAUAAAAAGGAAGAAAUGUCGUCGUCUUCAUAUGGCACGACGCAGAAGUGCCAUACUUGCCAAAAAGUUGUGCAUGCUGCAGAAAUGUUUUCUGCUGAUGGAAUUCCCUAUCACAAGAAUUGUUUCAAAUGCGACACUUGCAAUGGGCGUCUCGCCAUAAGCAACUACUCAACAGUGGAUGGGAAACUCUACUGCAAGGCUCAUUUUGAACAACUCUUCAGGGAAACAGGCAGCUUCACUACUAAGAAGUUUCAAUCAAGCUUAAGUGGAAAACAUCCAGAACUGAACAGGACUCCUAGUAAAGUGUCAGCCAUGUUUUCUGGCACGUUAGAAAAGUGUGCAGCCUGUAAAAAAACUGUCUACCCACUCGAGAAGGUGACGGUGGAGGGAGAAUUUUAUCAUAAGCAAUGCUUUAGGUGUGCUCAUGGAGGUUGCAGCCUAACGAUGUCGUCUUACGCGGCCCUUGAUGGAAUCCCCUACUGCAGGACUCACUUUGCUCAGCUCUUCAAGGAGACGGGCAGCUACAACCAUCUCACCAAGACUACUUCUCUCAAGAAAACCGCUCUCGCGCUAGAUCUUGAUUUGGGCGACCCGCCCGCAGAGCCUGCCCAAGAAGAAGAAGCAUAGAUAGAGACACAAGUAGAAGUUAUGUGAGUUUUCCUAGCAUAUAUAUGGUUGUUCUUUUAUA